GGAGCCGAGCUUGCAGCCAUGGGGCCUCAGACCUGGGCAGUCUGCUCCCUCUUGCUGCUGCCGCUUCUGGCCGAGCCAACUGAGGAUUCAGACUUCUAUCUGGCCGGCGAUUACCUCCUGGGGGGGCUCUUCACCCUCCAUGCCAACAUGACGGGCAUCGUCCACCUCAACUACCUGCAGGUGCCCAAGUGCAAGGAGUAUGACACCAAGCUGCUGGGCUACAGCCUCCUGCAGGCCAUGCGCUUCGCGGUACAGGAGAUCAACAGUCAGCGCCGCCUGCUGCCAGGCGUGCAGCUGGGCUACGAGAUGGUGGACAGCUGCUUCACCUCCAACAACAUCCACCCCGUGCUCCACUUCCUGGCUCGGGACGACCGCCUGCUGCCCGUCCGGAGGGACUACAGCAGCUAUGUGCCCCGCGUGGUGGCUGUCAUCGGGCCCGACAACACGGAGGCCACCGUGACCGUGGCCCACUUACUCUCCCUCUUUCUCCUUCCACAGAUCACCUACAGCGCCAUCGGAGACCAGCUGCUGGACAAGCGCCAGUUCCCCGGGGUGCUGCGCACGGGGCCGGGCGCCGACCACCACGUGGAGGCCCUGGUGCAGCUGAUGCUGCACUUCGGCUGGAACUGGGUGGCGGUGCUGGCCAGCGGCGACGACUACGGCCGGGACAACAGCCGUCUGCUGGCCGAGCGCCUGGCGCCCAGGAACAUCUGCAUGGCCUUCCAGGAGACGCUGCCCACCCCGCAGCCCCACCAGGCGGGACCCUCGCCGGAGGAGCGUCGGCGCCUGCAGCUCAUCGUCCACAAGCUGCGGGAUAGCUCGGCCCGCGUGGCGGUCGUCUUCUCGCCCGAACUGGCCCUGCACAGCUUCUUCCACGAGGUGCUACGCCACAAGCUGACGGGCAUGGUGUGGCUCGCCUCCGAGUCCUGGGCCGCCGACCCCGUCCUGCACAGCCUGGCCGGGCUGCGCCGCGCGGGCACCUUCCUGGGCGUCACCGCUCGGAGCGUGCCCAUCCCGGGCUUCAGCGACUUCCACGCCCGGGCACGGUCACCGGCGACCCACGGGACCCCCCCGGGGACCACCUGCAACCAGGAGUGUGACGCCUGCCGGGAGGGCACCGCGUCCUUCGGUGCCGUGCUGCCCGGCCUGCGCGGGGCCUACGGCGUGUACUCCGCCGUCUACGCCGUGGCCCACGCCCUGCACAGCCUGCUGGGCUGCACGGAGACCCGCUGCUCCAGGGAGGUGGUCUACCCCUGGCGGCUACUUGAGGAGAUCCAGAAGGUCAACUUCACCCUCCUGGGCCACCAUGUCUACUUCAACCAGCAAGGGGACCUGCCCGUGGACCUGGAGGUCGCCCAGUGGCUGUGGGAGCCGAGCGGGACCCCCUUCCGCAGCGUCGCUUUCUAUGACCACUUGAAGCGAAAGUUGAACGUCACCCAUGAAGUCACGUGGCAUACGCCCAACAACGAGAUCCCCCUCUCCACAUGCUCCAAGGACUGCAUGCCCGGGCAGAAGAAAAGGCCAGUGGGCAUCCACCCCUGCUGCUUUGAGUGCGUUAACUGUGACCCUGGCACAUUCCUCAACAAAACUGCAGGUCACUUCCAGACCAACUACCAGCUGCCCCCGGGGCAUCCACAAUGGCAGUUUGCGUUCAGACGGAGACACAAAGAGGACCAAGGGGCCCAGAGCCGGGUCCUGGCCAGGCCAGGGCGACUGCCGCAGCCUGCUCCAUCCGGGAAGCUCAGCCUGGAGCCUGACCCGGGCCUGCCGGUCUCGCUGGCGCAGUUACAGAAGCUCAGCUUCAACGCCGUGGCCAGGGAAGCUGAACCUGAGCCCCCCAAGGACGCAGUGGGCACCCAGCACCACGCCCAGGGCAAGACCUGGGCCCUCGGGAAGCGCCCUGUGGACGCAGGGGAGCCGUGCCGCGACGUGAAAGCAAGGCACUCGAAGCUAGCUGUUCAGCUCGCUCCCUGCCUGUCCCUGGAGUGGUCCGCAGGCAGCAGCCAGAGGUCAGACCGCAGCAUCCGGGGAGAGGAGGACGUGGCCCGAGGUGUCAAGGUCCUUCAUCCUCCCUCCAUCCACCCACCAGGCCUCUGGGUCUCAGCAGCCGGCAGCUUUAAACAGCCACCACCAAUGGGCACCUUCUUCGAGGCCCUUCCGCUGGGCUCCUGUGACAUCACCUGUCGGCCUGACAAAGCUGAAGGCAACACACACAACUCACAGCUGCCCGUCGGGGAGGUGCCCGCAGUGGGAGUCCUCUAA